AUGAAGGACGCACCGUCGAGCGGUGACUCACAGCAGACGCCUGGCGCAGAAGACGAUGACGAUGACGUGAUCGGUUGUCUCCCUCGAUUGCUUCUUUGCCUGGAAGCUGUUUCUGAAGGAAAGCAGGACACUCUGGAGAAUGAUUUGGAUCGCUACGCUCGUCUGCUCGACAUCUAUCAGGAACAACCCAAUCUCCUUGAUUGCAUCAUUCCUUCAGUGCUGAAAUGCUUGGAAUCAUAUAUCACUCUUCCAUCAUCAGCUAGUCCCGAUAAGCGCUUGGAUCAGUUGUCAGUCACUGCUUUGCGUUAUAUAGCACAUUUGACGAAAGUUCGUGGAUACAAGGUUAUCGUCAGACUUCUGUCUCAUCAUGUUUCCUACCUUGAUAAGCUACUGACUGUAUUGGAACAAUACAAAGAUAACGUUGGCAGUGAUUUAUAUGAACGUCAUGUGCUUCUUUUGUGGUUAUGGAUAGUGUGUAAGAAUCCUUUCGAUUUCAGAAGAUUCGAUCCAGCAGAUCAACCUGGAUCAACAACCAGUCGCAUCCUUGCUGUAGCCACCUCAUAUUUAAAAUAUCCAUGGUCAACUGUCCAUCCGGCUGCUAUUCUUGUCAUUGCGCAAUGUCUUGCUCGCCACGAUUGUAUACCGCUUAUUCCUUCUAUCAUCUCGGAAUGCACUGAUCAUUUAUCGCAUAAUUCGGAAAAUCAUCUAAAUUAUGCUGCUCUUCUAUGUGCCAUUCUCAAACACGUUGACAGGAAAUAUCUUUUGCCGCAUGUUUCUUCUGUACGGGAAGCUGUUGUUGUUCAUUUCCCAUUGAAGAAAUCGGAAAAAGAUUCGUUGACAAGAAAGAUGUUCAUUAAAAUGGUGCAGAGAUUGGCUUUGGUGGUUCUGAAACCCCGACUCGCUGCUUGGAGAUACAAGCGUGGAAGAAGGCGCCUGGAGGAGAAUCUGAAAAGUCCGACGGCCAACGGAAACAGCAUUGUUUCAAACCAGGCUUGUUUCAACAACAGCGAUUUGGGAGCGGACGACAUUUGUAUGGAGGAGGAUGAGGAUGAACAUCCGGAUGAUGUGGUGGAAUGGGCGAUUGGUUGCGUACUAUGUGCUUUAUCGGACGACCACACAACUGUAAGAUGGUCAGCUGCAAAAGGUGUGGGUCGGAUAACAGCCCGUCUUCCAAAGGAGCUCGCCGUUCAAGUGGUGGAUUCCAUUCUUUCAUCAAAUUUCCAUCGACUAGCUGGUCAUUGUUCAUGGCAUGGAGGUUGUUUAGCUCUAGCUGAGCUCUCGCGUCGAGGAUUUCUCCUUCCAGAAGCGUUGGACAAGGCAUUUCCAAUAGUGCAACAAGCUCUGUUCUAUGAGGAGCCCAUGGGUAGACAUGCUUUCGGUAGCAACGUUCGUGAUGCUGCCUGUUAUGUGUUGUGGGCGUUCGCUCGUGCGUAUGAACCGGAGCAAUUGACGACUUUUAUUGAUUCUGUUGCAACGAGCCUGAUGUGCGUUACGUUGUUCGAUCGAGAAGUGAAUCUUCGUAGAGCAGCGUCGGCAGCGUUCCAAGAAAAUGUAGGCCGUCAAGCUAACUUCCCUGAUGGAAUUGCAUUACUAACUACGGUGGACUACUUCAUUGUGGGCAACCGCUGGCGCUGCUAUACAAAAGCAUGCCUGGAAGUAGUUCGUUAUCCAAAGUACGCUGAUGCCAUGAUCGAUCAUCUAGUGACUCAUUGGGAUGAAACGAUUCGUGAACAAGCGGCCAUAGCUCUUGGCCUUCUUGCUCCUCUCCAUUCUGAAUAUCUUUCGCGUAAACUUGGCUUUCUGCUAGAUGGUUGCGGUUCUUCAAAUCCGAUUCAUCGUCAUGGAUAUCUCCUUGCUCUUGCUCACUGUAUUCAAGGUCUUGUCUCAGCUGGAUUUCCAUGCAGUAAAGAAAUCUUGUUCCACGCUGUUGAACUGCCGUGGAAGCUUCGAGCGGAGAGUGAGAAGCUAAAAGUAUCUGGAGGAGAGGUGACUCGUCUUGCACUGGCAACCUUCAUACGCUGCUUGUCAUCAGUUCCGAUUGCGUUAGAUCCUGAAAAAAUCGAGAAAUGGCUAGAUCGUUUAUUGAUGUUCGCUUGUGAUGACACUGCUACGGUCAGAUUGGCGGCUGCUGCUGCUGCAUCAACAUUCUUCCCAGCGUAUUUCCUGGAACGUGUUUCAGAAAGGAUUGAUGAGAGAAUAGAAAGCAUUCCUUCCAAGAUUUUAUCUGCGAGGAGAGAAAACGAGCGCAUAGGUUUGUGCUUAGUGAUCGCUUAUCUUCCUCGACGUUUUAUCAGUUCACUGCUGCUCGACGCCAUUUGUAACGUGAUCAUCAAGCGAAAUAGCCUUGAUGCCAAGUGGGCGCUAGCUCGUCGCAGUGCUGUGGAUGCUCUUGGAGAGGUGUUCGCCAGUCGACCGUGUGCGGAAUGGAUUUCUCCCGUUUUCGAUGCUUUGUUUUGCGCCGUUGAUGAUUAUACCACUGACUGUCACGGAGAUAUCGGACGCUUCGUUCGAAUGUCGGCAAUGUGCGUAAUGACAAAAGUGCUGAGUCUUCCCUGUUUGGAAGAUGCAGUGGUCGAGCAGUAUACUCAGCGAGUGGUGCAACAUAUGGUCCAGCAGAGUGUGGGCAAAAUCGGACGGAUACGAGAGACUGCUUGCAAGUGCAUAAAAACCUUGCUGUACUCGAAGGUCACUCGUCAGCAUAUUUCACACGCAGAUGAGCUGUCAGUAAUUUAUCGCGACGAGCAUGAUUUCAUUCAGGAUUCUGUUUUUCUGUCCAUAACGCCCUUGCUGUUGUGCGAGGAAUAUUAUACUGACCUCAUUUGUGGACUCGUAAUAUCUGCAGGAGGAGUCAGUGAAGGAACAACGAUGCGUGCUUCUCAAGCUCUGAUGGAAUAUCAACUAUCUACUUCGAAGAACCUCAAGAUGAUGGAGCGCUUUCUGGAGACAGUAGCUGAUUUGUUCGACGUUGGCCGAAAAGUGACUCGCAUAGGAGACAGUGUACUGCGCUUACUGCCACAAAUUCUUUCACGACUUCAUGUCCUUGAGCAAUGCCCUGAUUCAUCAGUAGCUCUGUCACGCCUUCUGAUUCAUCUAACCAAGAUUGUGAAUUCUCGCACGGUCUCGCCGUCACGCAUUAAAUGUGCCCUCAAUUCUUUAUGUUCGCUGCUUGGCUGUAAUCGGGAUAGUCUUACCUGGCGCACGGCAAUGCAGCUGGUUGUGCGAUCCUUAUCGAGCAAUUUGCCUGUCGUAAGACGUGCAGCAGCGGAAGGACUCUACGAAAAUGUGUGCCUUACAGACGUUGAUGAUCAGGUCAGUGUUAGAUGGGCCUCGGAAAAGAGUCAGGCAGUUAUGAUACAGGAUUUUCAAAAUUUUAUGUAUUGGAUAAACUUUACACAAAAAAGAGCUUUCUAG